AUGUUUGCAGCUGCUACUAAGAACUUUGUUAAACAAGUAGGGGAUGGGGGAAGAUUGAUACCUGUCCCAAGCCUAAGCGAAGCUGAUAAAUACCAGCCCCUCAGCAUUGUAAUAAGGAAGAAGAGAUGUGCUCUUUCAAGAAAAACCAAGUUUAUUUCAACACCUCUUACACUGAAAGAUAUUCUCAAUGGAGACAAAGAAAUUUCUGCAGGUGUCAGUUCAUACCAGUUGCUGAAUUAUGAAGAUAAAUCGGAUGUGUCAUUUAACAAAAGGCAAGGAAAUCAAAUCAUGAAUGAUGUUGGAAUUAAUAUUUAUGGGUCAGACUCUGUUGCAGUCAAUUCUUCAUUUGGUAUUGUAACCAAACAUGAGGUUGAAGUCCCUGCACUCCUGAAGGAACUAAUUUCCAGAACAAUUGAUUUAGACCAUUGUUUAAUCAGACAAGCUAGAGAAAGUGGAAAAGAAGUUUUAUGUGUAGUGAUGGAAAGCAUCCGGACAACACGCCAAUGUUCUUUAUCUAUCCAUGCUGGAAUGAGAGGAGAGGCUAUGAGAUUUCACAUUAUUGAAGAUAAAAAUUAUAAAGGACGUGACAAAGCUAUUGUAUUUCCAGCACACACAACUAUUGCAUUUAGUGUAUUUGAUCUCUACAUUCAUCUUGAUGGUCAUUUUGAGUUUUGUGUAUCAACAACUGCAAAAGGAGGAUUUGAAAAAGAACCAAGCAGAUCAUUUUCAUUAAACACUUUAAGGAACAAUUUAUUUCGAUCUGGGAUUUUUGGUGGAAAAAGGACAAUGGAUAUUAUGGUUAAUGCAGAUUCAUAUAUUGAUGACAUUUUCUCUGACUAUUAUGAAAAAGCUGCCAGCAUGACUGAUAUCUCCACAACGUAUAUGCGAGAGGGAGCUCACACUCGCGUUAACCUGCUUAAUAACAACAUCCCAAAAGGUCCAUGUGCUCUCUGUGGGAUGGGAAACUCUAAACGAGAGACUGUGUAUGGAUGCUUUGAGUGUUCUUCCAAUGGACAGAAAUAUGUUAGGCUGCAUGCUGUACCUUGUUUUGAUCUUUGGCAUAAAAGAUUGAAGUAAGACAUAGUAGACUUGUGCCUACUGGUUACAACUCAGGUAUAACUGUGCCACAUGUUAAGUAAUAAAAAAAAGGUAAAAUAAAAACAAACAAAAAAAAACCCCCAUGAAAUUAACAUAUUAACUAAAAACGUCUAAUUUAAUGAUUGAUGUAUCAGGUAAAGGUUUGGAGUGGUGAUUUCACAAACAUUUCCAAGAUCCCCAAUUCAUUUGUUCUAAUAAAAAUUGCAUUCAAUAAAUAAAUGAGAAUGUGAAAGCUUUAGUCAGAGGCAUAACUAGAAACCACAGGGCCCACGUGCAAGAAUCUAAGAAGGGCCCCCCCACCUUACCUCCCCCGCAAAAAAGGUGAAUUUGAUACAUAUAUAUAUAUAUACAUUUACCCCCCGCCCCCCAUGCCGUAGUAACAAGGUCUGUAAUUUGUUGGUUCCACAAACAUACACACACACACACAUACAUGCAUAAAUACACACACAGUCACAUACACACACACAUAAACACCAAUAGGUAAAACAGAAACACUAACCCCUGUAGUAAGAGACACUAGUGAGGCAUCAUGUCACACUCACAUGAUAUCAGUGCAGGCAGUGGCAGGUCAACGUUUUUUAUUGAGAAAAAAAAAUUGUUUUGUUUUUUAAGCUGGGCCCCCACCGUCAGGGGCCCAGUCGCAGUUGCGACCUCUGCACCCCCUUUAGUUUCGUCCCUGGCUUUAGUUAACAAGCUACAUAUUGCAUAAUGUUGCAACAUCUGCAGCGUAUGCACAUUUUAAAAAUGAUACCUAUAAAAUUUAAAUAUAUUUUAUGUGUAAAUAUUAAUAUAGCAUUGUGAGAUCUCUCAUAUAAGGAAAAUUGGUCAAUUUGUGUAAUCAUGUGGAUAAGGUUCACUGAUGUAAGGACAUAUAUGAUACAUUUAUGGAUAUAUGAUUAUCCUUUAUUCCAAACAGGUGUAUUUUGUGUGAUUGUACAUUAAAGGGGACAUGCAUGUCAACAUAUUGAAAAUAUUCUUUUGUGACAACUGAACUAAGAAGAGGACCUGAUGAGUACUGUAUGAUAUUUUUGAAUAUCAAAGUUAAAUAUGGUUUGUACUCCUGAACUUUUCUCAGCUACCUUUUAUACUGAUAACAUUAGGCAAUCUUACAGAAUCCAACAAGCUCUUAAAGGGGGUUGUCAGUGAAAUAAUAAAUUGCUCUAAUUCAUUACAGCAUUUUAUUGUUAAACUAAAAUCUCUUUGUUAAACACAUAUUUUUCUCUCUCACACCAGACACCCUGCUGAGCUGGUCCAGAGCAGGAUAUGGCUAGCAAUUGGCAGAAAAGUGCAUAUUGCCACAUGACUAGCUAUGAUCCUAAUUCACAGAAGUCAGUUAAAGGGAUACUAAACCCAAUUUUUUUUUCUUUAAUGAUUCAGAUGCAAUUUUAAGCAACUAAUUUACUCCUAUUAUCAGUUUUUCAUUGUUCUCUUGCUAUCUGUAUUUAAAAAGCAGAAAUGUAAAGCUUAGGAGCCGGCCCAUUUUUGGU